GUGAACUCAUCAUGCACACUAGGAUCCGGUUUUUCUUUUCUUUUUUGAGGUUUAUUAAUAUUGAACCACAAUCAUCAUGUUUACACUGAGGAGCUAUGAGCUUUUACAUGGUGGUUGGCUGGUUGCAUAACAUGUUUAUAUCACUAUGUUUUUGUUUGUUAUACGUUUCUCCAGUAUUUUCCCUAAUAUAAAGAGUAACUUUUUAUUAAAUGUAACAUUGAGUUGUUUUUUUCUAAAGAGGCCUAUGGAUGGAAAAAAAUGUUAGUCAAUAGACUUGUUUGAACUCAGCUGAUUAUAAACCACAAGUGUGAUCCCUCUUAUGGCAAAACAGCACCUUUGUCUCACUCUUCUUACCAAACACUUAAACAAGCAAAAGGAAUCGUUUUUUCCUUCUUGUAACUUUUAUUUUUCACAAUUCCAUAAUUUAUCCUUUAUAAAAAGUGACUCUUGUGAGUCUCAACAUUUACAGCAAUUGACUCAGCAUUUUCAUUUACAACAUUCACCAAUGGAAAACUCAAACAUUGAUUCAGAAGUUUGGUUUCAGAACCAGAACCAAAACCAUUGCCUUAAGUUUCAUUCUUCUUGCUUUCCUCCAACCUCUCAAUCUGCUCUUUAUGGAUCUAGCUCAAUGAGCAAUACGGAGAUCAACACUGUGGACGAAGACGACGUCUGUGAGAGCUACAAGAUGCGUGAGACAACCAAGAAACGGAAGCUGACACCAAUCCAAUUGUGUUUACUAGAGGAGAGUUUCGAAGAAGAUAAACGACUCGAACCAGACAGGAAACUCUGGCUGGCCGAGAAGCUGGGUUUGCAGCCGACCCAAGUCGCUGUAUGGUUCCAAAACAGAAGGGCUAGGUUCAAGACUAGACAGCUAGAGCUCGACUGUGACUCUCUUAAGGCUAGCUAUGCUAAGCUCAAAACUGAUAGGGACAUUCUCGUUCGACAAAACCAAGCCCUCGAGAACAAGGUUGCACUUCUCAAAGAGGAGCUGAAAAUACAAGAGAAACUCGAAACUCAGUCUAUGGAAGCCGAGAAGCUUGGGGAAGAAGGUAGCUCGAUGAAAAGCGAUAAUACGCAGUACACUGAAGAAGAAGAAGAAGAAGAAGAAGAAGGCUUGGGAAGUAAUCAAUACAGCUUCCCGGAGCUUGCAGCUCUCGGAUUCUACUAUGACCCAACGUUGAGUGCUUCAAAUCUAGGGUUGUGAGCUUGUAACACUGUAGGUCUACAUCCCGUGUGGCCCAAGAUAACUUAUCUGCUUCUUUAUUUUUCUUAGGGUUCAUAUUGAGGCGAAAAAAACGUUGAAUAUUUUCAUGGUUGGUAAUAAAAAUCUUAUAAAUAAAAUAUUAAUUUUCUUGCAA